AUGCAUAUUUUAUUGCCAUUUUAAAACCAUAACAAACCUAGUAAUAUUAUGAUGAUAACUUCGCCCAAAAUCAAGAUUCAUUUUUUUCGCAUACAAAUUUAUUCUACAAAUCAUUUCUUACCCCAUUUGCGAUGAUAUUGAAUUCCACCACUGUUAUUCAAUCCAAAAUAUCCAAUCUCACAGAUUAUUACGAUACCAAUCCCUUAUACUAUAAUAUUGUAAUUAAUUUCAACGUAUUCUUCUGGACUGAUCAACAACGUUAUUUGACACAAAAAUUUAUAAAUUAUGAACAUGCAAAUUGGUAAUGGGCGUUGUCCUCUUGAGCCAUUUUUAUAUUUUGGCUACCACGAUUUGGAUAACAUUUCAAUUUAACUUAAAGCCUUGCAAGGACGUGCUUAAUACAACUAAACUGGAAUUAUUCAGACUUGGCAUUCUUUUAGAAUUCGAUCUGGCAGUAAUUUGAUUUUCAUUUAGGUCGAAUCGGAUAUCGUUGAAAGUUGUACAAUUGAACGUUGCGCCGAACAAUACACUACAGCGGUAUCCGACAUGGAUAUAACCCAGGGGUCCAAUCCAGGUUACUGUCACCUACUCAAGUACUACCGAUCUUGCCUCGAAAACGAUUCCAAAUCUUGCAGGGGCAAUCUCAAUUUUCAUUCCACGCGUUCCCUUGUAUCGCAGUGGUUCACUAAAUACGAUUGCGAAAAGGUGCUAGCCAGAUCCUCCUCAUCGAAACGCAAAAACAGAAUGCGAUUUCACAAUAAAUUCCUCUCGACUUCUCCCGACAAGGAUGGGAGCCCUGAUGAUAGUAAAAAAUUAUCUCAAAAUUCGGAAAAAAAUAGUCCUUCCCAAAAUAAUAUAAAUCGCAUGAAAGAGGACGCCUUGUACUACGAAUUUGGAGAUUUUGACUCUUCUGCGAUCGGUUAUAGCAAAUCAACCAACAAAAGAAGAGAAAAAUUCAAAAGUAAUGAGGCCAACAGAAAUAAUCGCAAAAUUUCCUCCGCCAGUCAUUAUUGCAAUUAUAACCUGCACCGUCGCAAUCCACCCAAAACCGAACACAUGGAGAAUCAACGUAAUUAUAAUGAUAAUUAUUUUUAUUGCGCUCUUUUCGGUGAUCCCCACCUCAUCAAGUACGAUAACACCUUUGAAACGUGCCGAAUAUCUAAGGCUUGGCCCCUGGUUAAUAACCCAUACUUUGGGGUUCAGGUAACCAGCGAAGCUGUCAUACCUAGCAAUACAUUUUACGCUACCGCAAUCACACAAAUAACAGUCAUAAUAAAGCAACACUACCCCUGUGCUGAGGAAAAAACGUACGAAGCGCGAGUGGGACACGUACCAUCCACGUUCAUCGACGGUUCAAAUAAUGCCGGAAUGAUGAACGAGAAAUCGGUUUAUAUCAAAGAAAGGGCGCUCAACAAUCACAUAGAUAUUAAACUAAAAUACAUUGGCGCCGUCAUUUCUAUUCGCCUUCAAAAAACUAUUUCCAACGUCAAAACCGGUAUGCCAGAUUCCAAAUUUCACACGAAUAAAGCAAAUCAUCCGGAUGAUAAUUAUAAUAAUGAUGAUAACGAUAAUAACCGUGAUUCUUACCAGAAUAACUAUGACACCACCAGUUUCCUCAAUACAGACUCCAGGUAUUUAUCGGUGGCUAUAAGAAUACCCCGCGAGUUUGCUUCCUUUCACGCUAAAAAUACUGCGAAUAAAGUAUUAGAAGAAGAAUCUUCUUUAAAAUCUAGAUUUUCGACCCCCUCAUAUUUUUCGCGGCAAAAUGUUUUAAAAUACUGGGAAUCAUCUGGCAAUUAUUACCGUUCCCCGUCGUUAUCCGCACUCCCUUCUUUGGUCAAUCGUAAGUUUGACUCUGACACUAUUCUUUUCUCGACGUUGGAACUCUGUUCCAGCGGGUGUCCUAAAAACGAAAUAGUGGAUAUGGGAAACUUUUUCCGGAAAGCUUUAACUAACCCACAAUCCGACAAUCAACCUACUCUCUCCUUAAAACUUUCGUCGAAUCACGAAUCUUUUACUUAUAAUAAUUAUGAGAAAAAAAAACGCCAUCCGAAUGAGGUAUAUCCUGAUGAAAAAAAAACCAUCGAAUUCACAAUCAUCCAAACUCAAUUAAAAUAUCAUGACCUGCUUCAAAAAAUGGCGAUGAAUCGAUCUAUGAAUUAUAAUUAUACUACCAGUUUUGCCAAAAGCAAUAAUGGUGAUUUUUCAAGCUCCCGAGAGAAAAAAUUAACCCCUCAUGAUGAAAAUUCCUCGUAUAUUAAAUUAAAAUAUCCCUUUAUUGGCACUACUACUAAGAACGAUAUGAAGCACAUCUUUCUCUUUCCUAUUGACAAGGCCUCAGCUGUUUGUAGAAACUAUGAAGUAACCGAUGUAUUCUUCGACGCUUGCGUUUACGAUCUCUUAAAUACAGGAGAUACCUCGUUUUCUCGAGGUUCUCAAAUAGCUUAUUUAGAUUACGUGCGACUUCAAGGGGGUAACAAGAAAAAUAAACGCCUGAAACUUUAUUCCCCCACCCAGAAUAAAUUUAACUCAAGACCGAACCUACCUUUAAUACACCAUAACAGGACCCGUAUUUUGUUUGAGUAUCCCGUAUUCAUUAAAAAGUCUACGCAAAAUAUAAAUUUUAAACAACUUAAAGUUGAUGAAUCGACUGCACAUUCGAAUUAUAAAUCUUCGGGCGUGAUCAAUAAACCUUUAUAUUAUUAUCUUGUACAGUUUUAUACUCUAUUUUCGCUAUUAUAUUUCAUAUAUACAUGUAACGUUUAAUGUGUAUUACGAACUAUAAUACUACUAAGUUUAAGCGGGUAUUUUGUACAUGAAUAGCGGGUCGGGUUAACACGUUUAACCAAAGACGCAUCUAUCUUUUAACAGGCUAAAUACUGCGCAAUCUAAAUACCUCAAAAAUAAAAUUUGAAUUAUUUUUACAUUAUUUAAAUUAUGUAUAUUUUGUAAAAUGAAAUAAUAAGAUUUCUAGAUAUUUAUUUAUGAUUUGUAACAAAAAUUAUAUAUUAUAUUAUCACUAUUUAAA